AUGGUGGGUGUAGACAGGAAAUUCAUCGAGCAUAAACUCAUGACUAGGCCCGGUGCGAAGGAAGUCAAGCAGAAGAAGAGGGUCCAAGGAGGGGACCGUAACAGGGCAAUCAAUACGGAAGUAGCCAAACUAGUGGAGGCCGGAAUCAUGAGAGAAGCAGUUUUCCCGACCUGGAUUGCUAACCCCGUCAUGGUACGAAAACAUGACGGGUCAUGGCGUAUGUGCAUCGAUAUUUCCGAACUAAACAAGGCAUGUCCUAAAGAUUGUUACCCUCUUCUGGAAAUUGACCAAAAGGUGGAGUUCCUACAGGGGUUCAAGCUGAAAUGUUUCUUAGAUGCAUAUAAAGGGUACCACCAUAUUCUGAUGAGCAGGGAGGAUGAAGAAAAGACAGCUUUCUAUACAGAUCAUGGUACCUUUUGUUACACCAAAAUGUCGUUUGGGUUAAAGAAUGUGGGAGCCACAUACCAGCGGCUGGUCAACUCGAUAUUAUCCAAUCAGAUCGGAAGAAACAUCGAAGUAUAUGUCGAUGAUAUGGUUAUUAAGAGCCCAGACGAGGGUAGAAUGUUGCGAGAUGUCGAAGAAACUUUCCGCAUGCUAGAGAAGUGCAUCAAGAUGCUCAAUGCGUUGAAUCUAACGAUGCAACCGGAUGCUUAG